GUUUGCAAAUCGGUUUUUUUCUGGUUAUUUUGGUUUCCUUUUUUGAAAAAAAAAUUCCGGUCAACCGCCUACACACAACACUUUUUGUCAAAAUCUUUAAAUUCUUGUCCAUCAAUUGAUUCUUUAGUUUUUCAAAUUUUUUUUUCAUUUGUUUAGAUCCGGCUUUUUUCAUUGUGUGUGUGUGUGUGUGUGUGUGUAUUUUGUUAUUGUUGACACAUCAUUGCUCCUGUUGCUCAAAUUUUUUUUCUUUUCUGUCUUUCGUUUCGAAAUCCAAAUCGAUAAUAUAACCAGAGAGAGAGAUAGAGAAACAAAAACUAUCGGCUAUAUACAAUACACACACACAGACACGCACCAAAAAAUAAAAUAAACGAAGCAGUAUGAGCAAUAAUAAAUAAAAAAUAGCGGCUUCGACACGGCUAUUACCACAAAUGCACCACCCACCACCACCAUCACCAUCACCAUCAUCAUAAAGAUAUUUUUCCUGAUGAUCAUCAUUGUUUUUGUAUACAAGACGCCUUAAAUUGUUUUAAAUUAAUUAAUCUGACGAUUGUUUUUUUACUAAUUAUUAUAGUAAUUGUAUAUGUUCAAUAAAAAUUUACAUAUGGACCAUUUGAUAAAUUGAUCCAUCAUCAUCAUCAUAAUCAUCAUCAGUAACAAAACAAUUUCCACUAUCUUUAACUGAAUGACAUGACAAUUAUCAUCAAUCAUCAUCAUCAUCAAAUAAUAAAAAUUUUUUAAAGAUAUAUAUCUUAUAUGAUCAUCUAACCUAGGGAGUAAAAACCAACCAACAACACGUAUUCUUAAAAAAGAUUGUUUAAUCAUCUGGGCUCACCACCACCCAGCAUUAAUCAUUGUUGGCCCAAUCAUCAUCAUCUUCAUCAUAAUCUCUAGAAACAAGAAAACAAUAAAUUCAAGCCAAACAUUUUUUUUUUUUUUUUUUGGAGAUUAAAUCAACAACAUCCUUGUUGUAGUAGUACACGGGAAUUUUGUUCUUUCUUUCUGUCUGUGUGUGUGUGUAUUUGUGUCUAUGUUUUUGUUGAAUUUGAUCCAAUUGAAUCACCAUAGUUGAUGAUAAUAAUCUGCCAGAUCCUGUGUUCAAAUACGAGAAUUAUUGUUAAGUUUUUUUCUUGAUUUGCUUUGUUUUUAUUUUUGUUGUUGUUGUUUUCUUCGUUUUUUAUUUUGUGCAUUUGUGUGUGUGUGUGAUCUGAUUCAAUUCGGGUUUAUAUAGUGUGUAUGUUACAGUAUCUGGUGGUUUAUUCUAUCGAUAACCAAAAAAAAUCAUCAUCAUAAUAAUGCAAGCCAUCAAAUGUGUUGUCGUCGGUGAUGGUGCCGUCGGUAAAACCUGUCUAUUAAUCAGCUAUACUACCAAUGCAUUUCCUGGUGAAUAUAUACCCACUGUAUUCGAUAAUUAUUCAGCCAAUGUUAUGGUGGAUGGUAAACCAAUCAAUCUAGGCCUUUGGGAUACAGCCGGCCAAGAAGAUUAUGAUCGUUUACGGCCAUUAUCAUAUCCACAAACGGAUGUAUUUUUAAUUUGUUUUUCGCUUGUAAAUCCAGCUUCAUUUGAAAAUGUUCGAGCCAAGUGGUAUCCUGAAGUGAGCCAUCACUGCCCAAAUACGCCAAUCAUUCUUGUUGGCACGAAAUUAGAUCUAAGAGAUGAUCCACGUACAAAUGAAAAGCUAAAAGAACGUAAAUUAGCACCAAUAACAUAUCCACAAGGUUUAGGUAUGGCAAAAGAAAUUGGUGCCGUAAAAUAUUUGGAAUGUUCAGCAUUAACACAGAAAGGUCUAAAAAAUGUGUUUGAUGAAUCAAUAAGAGCUGUACUAUGUCCACAACCGAAACCAAAACGUAAUAGGCAUCGUUGUAAUAUUCUUUGAACAAAAAAAAAAAAAUAA